AUGGAGCACAUUCCCCUCGUCGUGCGCCGCAUGGUGGCAGUUGAGCAGAGUUGUGGCUUUGUCCACUUUUUCCCCUCCUUCUGCGAUGCGUCCGCAGCGCCGUUGGUCAUAAAGACGGAGGCCUUCAGCAGCAAUGUCGCCAGCGAUGCAGUGGACGACGCUGCACCGGCGUAUCAGUUUGUCUACGACGUCAUGCGUUCACGAAACGGCCAUAUCCUCUUUAAACAAUCUUAUGCUGAGCGCUUCAUGCGUAGCCUCACCCUUGCCGUUCCCACGCACGCUUUCUCGGCGGAGCUGCAGUCUCUUAUUCAGUCGCGUCUGCAAGCGUACAUCGAGGCGCCUGGCGUUUACCUGGACGGCGCCACGGAGAAAAAUGUGAAGUUGCUGUCGUGGGUUCCGACCGCCGCUGCGUCUACCAACCAAGCAGAGACACUCCCGAUUCCCGUCAUAGUCAUGCUUGCCAAGUCGUCCUACCCGGCAGAGUCGCUGUACCACGAAGGUGCCAAGCUCGGUUUACUCUUUAACGCGCACCGCAUUAAUCCCAAUGCGAAGGUGGCCCAGAUGGGCCUUCGCGAUCGCGCAAACGCCUAUUUGGCGGAGAAUCACGUCUAUGAGGUGCUCCUCGUGCACGACGCCGCCGAUGCUUAUCUCGUGCCAGAGGGUUCGCGGUCGAACUACCUUUUGCAGAAGUCGGAUGGAACGUGGUGGUGCAGUGCCGAGGAGGACAUCCUCGUCGGGAUAACGCUCAAGACAGCGUACCGGGUCCUCCAAGCUUGUGGCCUUGGGAGCGUGCAACACGCCAAACUCACCCUCAAGGACAUUCUCGAAAGCAAGUCGCUCUAUAUUCUGGGCACAAGUCCGACAAUCAUGCCAGUUCAGUCGGUGCUGCUGUACAAGGACGCAGAGACCCGUGGGUAUUACGAGGAGGCAGUUCGGGCGCUCGGUGCGACCGCGGGAUCAGUGAAGCAGGUGUCAGACGACAAGGCAGAGAUUCUGAUUCCCAUGAAUGAGGAGCUCGCAACCACCCUGCGGGCUCAAUACUUCGCAGAGGCAGCAUCCUCAUAG